UUAUUAUUGACUAUCUUAUGUGUACAAAAGUAGUUAUGGGACAUCAAGGAGGGGUAGCCGCAAAAUAUCGUAUUGGGUCAUUAAAUUUCUUUCAGUCAUUAACAACUUAUGACCAUGUUUGCUUCACAUAUAUUGCGCGUGAAUCACAAGAACUUGAGGUUGAUAAUGAAAUUCAAGAACUUGAGGUUGAUGACGAGAUUCAAAAAUCACAAGAACUUGAGGUUGAUGAUGAGAUUCAAAAAUCACAAGAACUUGAGGUCGAUGACGAGAUUCAAAAAUCACAAGAACUUGACGUUGAUGAAGUUAUUGCAACAGAACAUUCAGCUUUUUUCAAUUCUUUCCUUGAGACAAUCAAGCGUAAUUACGAAAACU